GUUAACAGAGGUAUUAAAUUACGCCGGUAGUGUAUAUUAAAAAAUUGGCCGAAAUGACCGCACCAAAAAUUUUGACAUAAUAAAUUUCGGGAAGCUUAUAAAUUAAACCUGAUCCCGUUUAAACAGUGAUUGUUGUUGGUUAUUCUUGGCUGAUAUAAAGAAGAUAAGAUAAGAUAAGAUAUCAUGUCAGAUAUUAAUCCAAAUGAGACGAUGAAAGACUUCAUCUUUAAAUAUUUAGAUGAAGGUGACUUUUAUAAAUACCUUCGUCUUAGUAUUGUUGUUUGUGCUUACUUGAUUUUCAGAAAGUAUUAUUCGAAAUGGGCUGGUAAUAAACAAGCCAAUGAUCAAUUUGCUCAAGAUAAAAAGGAAUUAGAAGCCAAGCCAGAAAAGGAUAGAAUUGCCAGAGAAGAAGCUGAAAGAAAAUUAGAAGAAGAAUCAAAGACUUUUGGUUGGGGUAAACAAACUAGAAAAAAUGUCAAACUGACACAAGCAUUCCUUGAAGAACAAAUCGAAGAACAAAGACAAAGACAUCAAACAGCUUAUGAUGCUGCUGAAGAUCAUGAUAUUGAAUAUUUGUUAGAUUAGAUGUGUGUUGUUUGCCACCACCAUGUGGUGUGGUGAGUACAGUUUAAUUAAUGGAUGCCGAUGCCUCAACAAAUCUGAGCAUCCAUUGGAAAGGAUAAAAUAUAAAAACAAACACAUGGCAUCAAUAAAAAAGAUCAAUCAUUAAAUAGUUAUAUCAACCAAUUUCUUGUAAUAAUAGACAUGUAUAUCAAUGAUAUAUCCCA